CAGUCCGGGCUUGCCAUGCACCCUGGGAGCCUGCGGGGCGGGGCCUCGGAACUACAGUUCCCAGCAGCCCCCGCGCAGGGGCGGGCGGUAGCGGGACUGCAUGUCCCAGAAUGCCUUGCGUGGGGUGGGGGCCCGGGGGCGGGGGACUGGGCCGGGCACCAUGGCGGAGCCGCGGCCCCGGCAGCGGGGGCCGGUCCCGGCCGGGCGGGGGGCGUUACACCGUCACUAGCCCGCGGGCCGGGCGCGGGGCACCGCGCAGCUCAUGCUGCUAGCGCGGGGCGGGGGCGCGCUCGGGCCCCCCCCCUGGGCGUGCUGGUGGCCCUGCUAUGGGCGCCCCUCGCCGCGGGGGCGGCGGCCGUGGGGGCGGCGGAGAAGAGCCAGCUCAGGGACCAGGUCGUGGAGAUGUUUGACCACGCGUACGGCAGCUACAUGAAACACGCAUAUCCUGCAGACGAGCUAAUGCCUUUGAGUUGUCGGGGCCGAGUGCGCGGGAUGGAGCCGAGUCGUGGGGAUGUCGAUGACGCCCUUGGCAAGUUUUCCCUCACUCUAAUUGACACUUUGGAUACGCUUGUGGUCCUUAACAAGCUGGAUGAGUUUGAGGACGCUGUGCGGAAGGUGGUCCUGGACGUGCGGCUGGACAACGACGUGGUGGUCUCUGUCUUUGAAACCAACAUUCGUGUGCUGGGGGGCCUGCUGGGGGGUCACAUCAUGGCCGACAUGUUGAAGGCACAAGGCAUGCGGCUGCAGUGGUACAAGGACGAGCUCCUGCACCUGGCCCGGGAUUUAGGGUACCGUCUCUUGCCCGCGUUCAACACCACCAGCGGGUUGCCGUACCCCAGGGUGAACCUGAGGUAUGGGGUCCUGAGUCCGAACUCCCGGACAGGCACCGAGCUGGACACCUGCACGGCCUGCGCUGGCACCAUGAUUUUGGAGUUUGCUGCCCUCAGUCGCCUGACGCAAGAGACUGUUUUCGAAGACACCGCUCGGAGAGCGUUGGAUGUUCUCUGGGAGAAGCGCCAGAAAGGGAACGACCUGGUGGGGACGGUCAUCAACAUUCACAAUGGGGACUGGGUGCGGAGGGAUAGCGGGGUCGGAGCCGGGAUCGACUCGUACUACGAGUACCUGAUGAAGGCGUAUAUCCUCCUGGGGGAUGACACCUACCUGGACAGGUUCAACGCUCAUUACGUGGCCAUAAUGAAAUACAUCAGCCAGCCUCCCCUCCUGCUCAACGUCCAUAUGCACAACCCCACAGUCAGCAUCCGGAGCUGGAUGGACUCCCUCUUGGCCUUCUUCCCCGGCCUCCAGGUGCUGAGGGGGGAUUUGAAGCCUGCCAUCGAGACGCACGAGAUGCUGUACCAGGUCACCAAGCAACACAAAUUCCUUCCGGAGGCGUUCACGUCCGACUUUGCCGUGUACUGGGCCCAGCAUCCUCUGCGGCCGGAGUUUGCCGAGAGUACCUACUUCCUGUACAAGGCUACCCGAGACCCCUACUACCUCCAGGUGGGCAAGUCCAUUGUGGAGAGCCUGAACGAGUAUGCCCGGGUGGCCUGCGGCUUUGCGGCGGUGCAGGAUGUACGGACGGGCCGACACGAGGACAGGAUGGACUCCUUUUUCCUGGCCGAGAUGUUUAAGUACCUCUACUUGCUUUUCACAGAGAAGCGAGAUCUGCCUCUAGACAUUGACGAUUUCAUCUUCACCACCGAGGCCCACCUGCUGCCCCUGUCACUCUCCACCGCCCGGCCCCCCUGCCCCAGGAACAUGACUAUGUUUCGCAGGGGCCAUGGAGAGGAGGAGAUUUUUACCCGUUCUUGCCCCAGCGCACAGACUCUCUUCCCCAAUAACCCAGCCUUCACCCGCACCAUCCGGGAUGCCCACAAGCAGCUGCUGCAACCAGGAGCAGAGCGCCUGGCGCUCUUCAGGGGGAUUGAGUUCCCUUUCCAUGAUACCAGGAUGGAACCCUUGGAGAUCUUGAAGAGCAUGGGACUGACCCUGCUCCCUCUGGGUGACAGGAGCGUGCAGCUGACCAGCCUCCGACACAAGCAAGACGCUUCUCCCCUGGGGCUCUUCAGCCUGAAAUUCAUCACCGAGCUGGUCGACCCGCCUGCAGCAGAGCAGCAAGGCAUCUCCCCGCUGGCUGUCCAAGUUCUCUCGCCCCCCUUUUUUGGGAGAACGGUACUCACCGCUGGACCAGCCCAGUUUGGAAUGGACCUGACCAAACAGGAGCACGGGGUGAAAGGGAGCUUAGUGCUGAGUGAACCUUACCAGGCCUGUGCAGCAAUCAGCAACCGGAAGGAGGUGCAAGGGAAAAUGGCGCUGGCCCAGAGAGGCGAAUGCAUGUUUGCCACCAAAGCCAGGAACUUGCAGGAAGCAGGAGCCUCGGGGGUGAUUUUCAUCGACAAUGCUGAAGGCAGCUGCAGCGAGGAGAUGGUUCUGUUCCAGAUGGUGGGAGAUGGAAGCACCAGUGACAUAGUCAUCCCCCUUGUCUUCCUCUUCCAGAAGGAGGGGCAAGUCCUUUUAGAUGCACUGUCCCAGCAUCGCAAUGUGGAUGUGCUGCUGGCCACUAAACCCGUGUUCCUAGGUGGAGAAAACACAGACCAGCCCUUGUCUGCAAGUCAGUUGCACGAGGCAGCCACAGAGACCCACACCAGGAUGGUGACAAGUGCUCCAGACGAAGCAUGAGUGGAGGCUGCUUCUCCUGCUCUCCAGGAGGCUAGUGGCCAGCUAGAAGGCAGCUGUCUGACCCCCCCCGUGGAAGCUGCUCCAAGAGCAUGGAAAAAGCGGAGGUGUUGCACUCCUACCGUUUACUGCAGAGCACGAGUCCCAGUUCACAGGAUGGAAACCCAGUUGCCAAAAACCUCAGGAACUUUCAUGUUUGUAAUUUGGAGGAAGGGAAAAGUGGCAUUUAUCUGCCAGCCAAAAUGCAAGUGAGUCAUGACAGUAGCAUCUCCAUUUUUUUUUUUUUAACAACACUUGUGCCAACCGUCUCGGUGAUGCUAAGGGCCAACGUGUGUGUUUGAAAUAGAAAGAUGUUGCACAUUAACAAACCAAGAGUGAGCAAGUGAAGGGGUUUCAGAGGGGAGUAUCAGCUGUAGCCCUUUCCUUGAUCUUACUGCAAAUAAAGAGCAGGGGAUUUUGUACCAAACAAGGUAAGCCAAGCCCAGCUUUAACUUUCUCUAGCUGUGUCACUUCUAAGUGAUGGGCUAGGCUCUGCAGUCUCUCUGGUACUUUGAAAGGGAAAGGUAGGAAAUCUUCACCUAGAAAUCCCACUGGCCUCUGCAACAAGUGUCAGAAGCUCACUACUGCAUGUCUAAACAGUAGGAAUUAAAUUGCCUGCUUGGCUUUUAAAAGCCUAAUUGAAAUUUUACAAGUCUUUAGGAGGUGCUGUGGUUGAACCCAAAACUGUGGCACAACUCAGAUGGCUGUAUGAAAGCAAGGAAGGGGUACUUGGCCAGCUGGGAGACCUAAUCUACACCUGAUAACUGGGGUAAAUUAGGCUUGGCAAUUUGUUACAACUGACCUAUGGUGCCUUUCUAGUGACCAGCUGGUACUGACUAACGGGAGGGUGGGGGGAGAGAGAAAGAGAUUGCAUCCAUCCGUAUGUGCAUCAAACUUUCUCCUGAAGGAGGAAACAAUUCACUGCAAUUACUGCACUGCCAUUGAAGUUCUCUGACCUAUGUAGUGGUAAAAACUUGUAUAAAGAGGCACCAUAAAUUUUC